ACACACACACACACACACACACACACACACACACACCUCUGGUGCUGAUGACACACACAGCAGCGACUAAACACACGGGCCCUCCGGCUCCUUCACGUCGUCUCCACACUUCUCAUCUUUAAAACGCAAGCAGCUCGUCUGGACUCCGAUCAGAUUCUUUUUUUUGUUUGUUUGGUUAUUUUGGAGAGAAGCGCCGAUCGAAGCUGAAGCUGGAUGGAGUCACCGUGUCGGGCUUGACUCUGAGAGCGCAGCCGCUCCUCUCAGGUAUCCACUCCUGAGGAGAAAGAAGGAGACCGGGUGAUUAAAGGAUUUUUUAUUUCUGCAGUAAAUAAACACAGCCGAGACCCCCACAGCUCGGGAACUAUAUUGUCAGGAGGAUCUAACUUCCAUUUUGGAGGCGAGAGUGUGUAGAGUAGCCCGGCGCACAGACAGAAGCGCGUUCAGAGGAGAAGGAGACAACCAGCUCAGCCAUGGAGGUCGCAGCGGCCGAUCAGUCUCGGUGGAUGGCGCACCACCACGCAGUGCUGAACAGCCAGCACCCGGACUCUCACCACCACAGUCUGAGCCACAACUACAUGGAGCCCAUGGCGCCUUUGCUGCCCCAGGACGAGGUGGACAUGUUUCUGAACCACUUGGACUCUCAGGGGAACCCUUACUACACCAACUCCCGGGCAAGGGUCACCUACAGCCAAGCGCACGCUCGUCUCGCUGGGAACCAGGUCUGCCGACCACACCUCAUCCACAGCCCCGGGAUUCCCUGGCUGGACCCCGGCAAAGCUGCCCUGUCCGCUGCGCACCACCACAACGCAUGGGCGGUCAGUCACUUCAGCAAACCCGGCCUGCACCCCACCGGCUCCGGCUACCCCUGCAGCAGCAACACCGGCACGGCUCCCGUGUCGUCGCUCACCCCGGGGUCCCACUCCAGCCCGCACCUCUACAGUUUCCCCCCGACCCCUCCGAAAGACGUGUCGCCGGACCCCGGCCCCACCUCCCCGACCUCCACUUCGACCAGGAUGGACGAGAAGGAUUCGAUCAAGUCCUACCAGAUGCCGCUGACGGACAGCAUGAAAAUGGAGAGCUGUAGUCCUCUGCGCAGCGGCCUGGCCUCGAUGAACGGCCAGGCCACGCAUCACCCCAUCCCGACCUACCCGGCCUACUCUCUGCCGAAUCCACACGAGUACAGCGGCAGCCUCUUCCACCCCGGCAGCCUGCUCGGCGGGUCCAGCUUCACGCCCAAGUGCAAAAGCAAAGCCAGAUCGAGCUCAGAACUCUAUGCAGAGGGACGGGAAUGUGUAAACUGCGGGGCCACCUCGACCCCUCUUUGGCGACGGGACGGUACCGGCCACUACCUGUGCAACGCCUGCGGACUGUACCACAAGAUGAACGGCCAGAACCGACCACUCAUCAAGCCCAAACGCAGACUGUCCGCUGCGAGACGUGCAGGCACCUGCUGCGCAAACUGCCAGACCACCACCACCACCCUGUGGAGGCGCAACGGGAACGGAGACCCGGUGUGUAACGCCUGCGGCCUUUACUUUAAACUGCACAAUGUUAACAGACCCCUGACCAUGAAGAAGGAAGGCAUCCAGACACGCAACCGCAAGAUGUCCAGCAAGUCCAAGAGGAACAAGCGAACAGGGGACGGCUUUGACGAGCUGUCCAAGUGCAUGCACGACAAGGCCUCUCCCUUCGGCGGGGCACCCGGCCUCACCAGCCACAUGACCCACAUGGGUCACCUGCCCCCCUUCAGCCACUCGGGACACAUGCUGCCUACUCCCACGCCCAUUCAUCCUUCAUUCGGUCACCCCCACCACUCCAAUCGCUCGCCAGUCUGGGCCGAGCCUCACUGAGGGCCCCCCCCCCCAGACCCAAAACUCCUCCGCCUGUAGGAGCCGCCACGCCGCCAUUAACACUAAAUGGCCUUCACAUCACGCCAAAAGCUGAGCAGACUUGUUUGCGUUAUGUACAGUGGUUGGGAGGGGAGGGACUUUCAGUUGGACUUUGUAACUGAAGGUCAUGUUAUGCCUGACUUCACUGAUGGGACGCCACAGAAAGCGGGACUUGUGCGGACUCUGUGAAGAGCAAACGUGACGAACGUUCCCUGGUCCCUGGGUAAUUUGUGGCUUACAGGAAUGGAGUGAACGAAGAUGCUUUUCAUUCUUUUUGCUUAUUUUUACUGAGUCACUUUGGUACCCACCUCUCCAUGACCCUGUAACAGGAGACUCAAGAGGUCUUUAAAGAACCGCUGUUCCCACCUCACGACCAUCUCGUUAUAUGCUGAGAUACGUGCACCCUGUCCACCCCCAUGCUGUUGUCCACAACUGCCAUGGACAGACAGACGGACAGAGAGACAGACUUCAGUGCUGGAGGUCUAAAGACUGGCUCACAGCUACAGCACCCGUAUGCCUCUGUUACCAUCCAGUCAGGCCCAGACUACAAUACCCAUAGACCAGUUCUCUCCUCACAUGCUGGAUUGUACACCACCACAACGCUCACCUGUUUUUAAUAAUGGACUUUUAAGGAAAAAAGACACCGUAAAUAAAGUGUUUAUAAAUGCUUAAUUGCUAUUAUUGUUGUCAUAUUUGAUGUUAUAAUUAUUGCUACGAUAAUUUAUUUUCACUCUUAAAGCUUUCGUCAAAGACACAUGGAAACUGUUAUGAUUUUAAUUUCAUGGUUAUUACGUAAAGAAAAACACUGACCUAUCUUAGAUAAAAAGGCCCUGAGCUGUAUGUUUUUAUCAUUUUUCCAUCUCACAAAAGUAAAGUAAAUAAAGUUUAAUACUGAAGUUCAA